AUGAAAAUCCCUAAAAGGUAUUUGAGAUAUUGGGUGGAGGCAAUCGGCAGGCACAACUUCGUGGGAAACAAAACAAUCGAACAAUUUCCUGCAUAUUUCCAAAGUAUACACAACAACAUUCAUUCGUGCGAGAAACAACCAAACAAACAAGCAACAAACACAUCGAUAAAUAAUCGAAUUCCUCAAGCAGGGGAGGUACAUGGGUAG